AUGGAGUAUGUGAAAACAUGGAGAACAGGCUGGGGAUAUCCCACCACUCUCCUGUGUGCCUAUGGCUUCUUCACUACCGUCAAACCUUUGGAACCGUUCCUCACUCCUUACCUCUCAGGACCUGACAAGAACCUCACCAUAGAACAGCUGACCAAUCAGAUCUACCCAGUGUCCACUUACUCGUAUCUGGCGGUCCUCGUGCCUGUUUUCCUGCUCACCGAUUGGCUGCGCUACAAGCCUGUGAUUGUGUUCCAGUGCUCCGCCCUGCUGGUGACGACCGGCAUGCUGCUGUGGCUGGACGGCGUGCCUCAGAUGCAGGCCACGCAGUUCUUCUACGGCGUGGUGAUGGCCAGCGAGGUGGCCUACUACUCCUACAUCUACAGCAUGGUGGACCUCCGGCACUACCGCAAGGCCACGUCCUACUGCCGCGCCACCCAGCUCCUGGGCUACACGGUGGGCUCCGUGCUAGGCCAGCUCCUGGUCUCGUUCGGCCUGCUGUCCUACCACUACAUACUGGUGUUCACCCUGGUGCUCACUGCGCUGGCAUGGGUUGUGUCCUGGCUUCUUCCUAUGCCCCAGAGAAGCAUGUUUUUUCACCAGAGAGUGAAGACCCAGCACAGGAGUGGCACAGACGAUGAGGAAGGUGGAAAUGACCAGCCUGUCCCCAAAACAGUGGAAAUCAGUCUGAAUCAUCCAGCCUCUCCAGAUGAUACCUCACACACAACAGCACCUGUUGACACGGCUACACUUCAGGGAGCAGCCAGCAGGGGGCGAUCUCUUAGCAGCAGCAGCAGCAACUCCACAAAGAGCUCAGUCAUUGGUGGCACUGAGACUAGGACUAGGACUAGGACUUGUGAGGAUCCUCCUCCUCCUCCUCCUCCUCUUCCUCCUGCUGCAGAGCCGGUGGGCUGUGCGGGGGUGCUGGUGAGGCUGUGGAGGGACUUCCUGCGGUGCUACUCCACGCCGGGGCUCCUGCGCUGGUCCCUGUGGUGGGCGCUGGCCACCUGCGGCUACAACCAGAUCCUCAACUACGUGCAGGUGCUGUGGGAGCACAUCGAGCCGUCCAGCAACUUCACCGUCUACAACGGAGGAGUGGAGGCUGCCUCCAGUCUGUUUGGUGCUACCACCGCCUAUGCCAUCGGCUUCACUCAGGUGGACUGGCACCAGUGGGGUGAGCUGGCGCUGGGGUCCUUCUCGGGCAUGGGUGGCGGUGCCCUCUACCUGAUGGUCUUCUCUGGAAACAUCUGGGCGUGCUACUGUGGCUAUGUGCUCUUCAAGUGCCUCUACAUGUUGCUCAUCACCAUUGCAAUGUUCCAAAUUGCUGCAGAUUUAUCAAUGGAGCGCUAUGCCCUGAUUUUUGGGGCAAAUAACUUUGGUGCCCUGGUGCUCCAGACGGUCAUCACUGCGGUGGUGGUGGACAGUGGAGGGCUCGGCUUGGACGUUGUCACACAGUUCAUCAUCUACGGGAGUUACUUCUGUGUCAUCGCUCUGGUGUUCUUCAUCUGGGGAGUCUACAACGCCUUGAGCCGCAGGAGACACCGGGACACUCCAAAGCAGACUGAAGAGACGCCAGCAGACAAAUCCCCCGUCGUACAACACAAGUUCUGAUCAGUUCAGAAAUAUACAUGACACUGAAGAAUGUAAGCAGAUUUUCAGACUCCGGUCAGUUUAACAGAAGGGAGUGUGAUCCUCAAUCAACUCAGACUCUGUCAACCUUAGCUAAUGUGUGUUGUACAUGAACACUACUUCAACUAUUCCAGUGUGCAAUCUUAGCAUACUCAUUUCAUUGCUGAAAACAAGCACUACUGCUUUUCUAGAGUACAAUCUUAGGAUACUCAUGUAAUUGCAGAAAACAAACACCACAUUGCACUUCACUAAUACUGCUUUCCUGGUGUACAAUCUCAGUAUAAUUCACUUGCUGAAAACAAGGCAAGUGAAUCUGUGACAGCCAGUAGGGGAAUGAUGGGUAAUCAUUUCCUACUACUAUAUUGAGUGUCCUGGACAGUGCUGGUCUAUGGGACGAUUCGUGCUGGUUUAUGCAGUAACCCUUCAGUGAUUCUGCCCCGAGCCCCAUACAAAACUCAGAUGGUGGAUGAAGGCUAUUGUGUGUAAUUAUGGUUCCUUGCUGCCUCUGUAAAAAAAAACUACUCAUGUGGAACCAUCACAAAAAUGUUAGAAAUAAAAAUAAAUUUAUUUCAAGGACCUACCCUGACAAAUGGGACUACCUUCCCUGACUCCGCAA